GAACGUGCCGCCUUCCCGCCGUUGUCAUUCGCUGUGUUGACCGGAGGAAGUAGACGCUACUGAGGCAGUCUGGGAUACUGGCGGACCCAACAACUCCUAGUGUGAUGGCGACCAAUAUAGAGCAGAUUUUCAGGGAUUUUGUAAUGAACAAGAUUAAAGAAAUCGAAGAUGAAUCUCAAGAAAACAGUGUGAAAGAUGAGCCACAGUCUGAUCCUGUAACGGAGACCAGAGAAGAUGGACUUAAGGAAGAAAAAAUGAACACACCAACAGAUAAAGUCAUUCAAACUGACCUCCAAGAUAACCAUGGUAAAGAGGACACCAGCACUAAACACAGAAAAAGUAAAAAGCACAAAAAACACAAAAGUAAAAAGAAGAGAAAGAAACGCAAAGAAGGAAAAGACAGCAGCUCAGACACGGAGUCUGACAAAGAGAUUCAAGAACACAGUGGAAAGAAAAAGAAGAGAAAGAAAAAGAAAAAAAGCAAAGAUGCAGACAAAGCAAAGAGAUCUGGCUCACGGUCCGAAAGCUCUUCAGCAUCUGGUUCUGAAUCAGAGUCUGAAUCGAAACCUCCUAAUGAAAAUACAAAGUCCUCUUCAGCAGAUAAGACUUCAAAGUCUGAGUUCAAAAACACAUCUGGUGUUGGUAAACCUCAGGAGUUGCCUGACAUUAUUCCCAAGAUGGAAAAUUCAGUCCACAAAAGCACAGAAAAGGAAAGGACCAAGGAAAAGAAAAGAAGUUCUAGCAGAACAUCUAAAAGUAAAGAGAGCUCCAGAGGAAGACGAACCAGAUCAAGAUCACCCAGACGGAAGUCAGAACGCAGGUCAAGAUCCCCCAAACCAAAACGGCAAUCAAAGUCAACCUCCCGCACUAGAAAUAGCUCCAGAAAGAGGUCUCAUCAACAGAGAGAGAGAAGUAGAUCGAGGUCAAAGAGACACAACAAUCGGUCCAGAUCUCAUUCUGUCAGAAGAGGCAAACAUUCAAGAUCCAGGUCACACUCCAGGCGAACUAGAUCAAGGUCUGUUGUUAUCUCAAGGAAAAACAGAAGGUCCACAUCAAAAUGUAGGUCUCGCUCGCCACGGCAUAGACGCCAUUCAAGGAGUAAGUCUCGAUCCAGAACAAAGCCUUCAAAAUCAAGGUCCAUUUCGAAGUCAAGGUCUGAUCUGAAACUGGAAACUGAAUCAAUUAAGAUUAAUAUAGAUCCAGCAGUGGACAAUAGUAAAAGUUGUGAAACGCAAACAAAUGUGUCUCAAAACACAACUGAGAAUGGAAAAGAUCCAACAGUGGCUGUGAUAUCUGACACCAAGUUGUCUGAAACUGCAUCCAACAUCUCAAAUUCUGGUUUCAGUGCAGUUAGUGUCAAAGGAUCUUGGCGACCAAUUCCCUUCUUGGCAGUGCCAUCUGAGACCAUGUCUUCACAAAAGUGCGUUACACCAGAGGUGCCUUUGGAAGUGACCAAUUUAUCUGAAGAACCUUCAACAUUCUCAACUGUUACGCCAAAAGAUUCAGAGUGUGCUGCCAGUCCUGAGAAGAAAGAAACCAACGCAAAUCCAACAACCAGUGGAGAAACAUCAGUUGUGAAGAACUCAAUGUCACCAUCCCGAUCUCCCAGUCAAAAAAUAUCCUCAAGAUCCAAAGUAGCUGCACGAUCCAGAUCAAAGUCAUCAUCAAAAAAAAGAAAGUCCAGGUCGUCUUCACGGAAGUCUCGAUCACCCUCUGGAAGAAAAUCGCACAAGUCUAGAACAAGGAGCAAACGCUCAAAAUCGAGGUCGCCUAAAAACAAAAGAUCGAGAUCUCGUUCACAAAGCCGUUGGAGGAAAUCUCGAACUCCAGACAGAAACAGACGGUCGAAAUCGAGAAAGAGGUCAGGCUCGCGUUCGAGGAGAAGAUCCCGAUCUGGCUCACGUUGGAGAAGAGGUUUCGGAAGCCGAACGCUAAAUCAGCGGGACAGAUGGAAACGAGAACCCAGUCGCUCUCCGGUCCUCAUUCUCCGUAAGAAAAGAUCGGCAUCCGGAACUCAGCGUAGCACCAGCAAGACGCCUCCACGUCUUACAGAACUUGAUAAAGAGCAGUUGCUGGAAAUAGCUAAGGCUAAUGCUGCAGCUAUGUGUGCCAAGGCCGGCGUGCCAAUCCCGGAGAGCCUCAGGCCCAAAGCUAUUCUUCAAAUUGCCUUGCCAACCCCAAAUUCCACAUCCUUGUCUUUAUCCUUGCCAAUGAUGUCAAACAUGACAAUGAACGCUGCUAUGGCUAGUAUGACUGCCGCCACCAUGACCGCUGCUUUGUCCAGCAUGGGUGCUUUGGCUUCCUUGCCACAAAUGGCACCAUUACCCACAAUCGUCAACAAGCCACCUUCUUCAACCACACAGAAUCUCGCCAGUAUUGAAGAAGCCAAAAAGAAAGUAACAAAACAGGCAAACAGCUUCAGUAUUAAAGAGUUAACAGAGAGAUGCAAAAAGAUAGCCGAGAGUAAGGAAGAGAUGGCCAUCGCAAAACCACAUGUGUCAGAUGAUGAAGAAGAUGAAAGGCUAUUUGGAGCUUCCCUUAAGGAGAAUAAGGGCAUCGCAUUCAGUCUUGGUAACACCUCAGUAAAGUCAUCCGUCCGAACCGAAACAGUCUUUGCUAAGGAGUUCCCGGUGUCUUCCGGCUCCCAGCACAGGAAGAAAGAGGCUGAUGGUGCAUAUGGAGAAUGGGUGCCGGUCGAAAAGAAAACAGAAAAGCCAUCUGCAUCGGGUUCUUCUGGGACUGAGGAAACUAGCAAGGACAAUGAUAGUGUCUUUCCUGAAGCACCUUCUCAGCCCGUGGACAUCACGUUGGCUGUCAGUGAGAGAGCGGUCGCCCAGAAGAAACUGGCAGAAAACCCUUUUGACAUCAAUGCCAUGUGCAUGCUGAAUCGGGCUCAGGAGCAAGUUGAUGCAUGGGCCCAAUCCAACACGAUUCCCGGCCUCUUCACAGGCUCAACAGGCGCUCAAGUGCUCUCAUCUGAUGAGCUCUCUAACAGCGGCCCGCAAGCGUGGAUUAAGAAGGACCAGUUCCUGCGGGCGGCGCCGGUCUCUGGUGGGAUGGGGGAGUUAUUGAUGAGGAAGAUGGGAUGGCAUUCAGGGGAGGGUUUGGGGAAGCACAGAGAAGGAACAGUGGAGCCCAUCAUUAUAGACUUCAAAACGGACCGCAAGGGACUUGUAGCAGAAGGAGAAAAAACCCAGAAAUCUGGCAACAUUGUUGUGAUGAAGGAUCUUCUAGGGAAGCAUCCGGUAUCUGCUCUGAUGGAAAUGUGCAAUAAGAAGAAGUGGCCACAGCCAGAGUUUGUGUUGGUUCACCACAGCGGACCCGACCACCGCAAGAACUUUCUCUUCAAGGUGGUGGUGAACGGAUGUGAUUAUCAGCCUCAGACUGCCAGUCCCAAUAAGAAACACGCCAAGGCGAUGGCAGCCACGGUCGCACUGCAGGCCAUGGGAGAGGUGGCAGGUGACAGCGUUCAUACAGGCCCUGUGUUCACAGCGGCCACCAGCACAUGAUGCCAGCGCACAACACGCUCUGACACAUUAGCUUGAUUUCAUUUCUCAUGUUGUCCAUUAAAGCAAUAUCAUCUUUAUGUGGCAUAUCUGUAAGUAUUUUUGUAAUCUUGGUCUUUUUUUUUUUAACCUUUUCCCACUUGAUUUGGUAAACUGAUGGCCUUGAUGACUAUGUAGUUGACUAGAUUUGGACCAUGAAGAUUUGUGUUUGUUGCAUUUGUUUCGAAUGGCUCCAUUGUUUUAAACUUGUGUCUGUUCUUGUAAAUGUUUCAGGCAUGCUUUAAAACUCUUUUAUCUUUAUAAAGUUCUAACGUUUUACCAGCCCCCAGUCCGUUACAUCUACUUAGGAAGUCUUCUGUUCUGUUGCUGGCAGAGAACAUGUUUUUGUGAUGAAACAGAAUAAAUGGAAAAUCAUGUC